AUGAUUGGCAUCUUUCAUGUUUUCAUGUGGUACUUCCUAUUGGUUUUGUAUAAGGGGCAAAUUAAAGGAGCCUUUGGAAUAUAUGAACCUAUAACUUACAAAACAGGAUGUACUUUGUGGGGAAUUUUUUUUAUCAUUGCAGGAGUCUUCAUAAUAGGAGUAACAAAGUAUCCGACUCGAUCUGGAAAACUUGGGAGGGAAGUAUCACGUAUUUUAUUGUUCUUCUACCCUUUGGAAUUUUCUGUUGCACUUACAUACUCAAUAUGUAGCUGUUCCAAUUUGUUUCGAAGACAAAGUGAUCUUACAUCUGGUGCUGAGGAAGCCGAGAACACUUUUUAACAACCCUAGAAAUGUGAGGAUUUUGCUGCUGCUGAUGCCUGAUGUGGGUCCUAAUGAUAUCCCUGUAUAACAAAGCAGUUACGAAGCCUACAGACUUUGUGCAAAAUAAAAUACAAACAAGGUGAAUUUUUCUCCUCA